AGUGGAUAAAUGUAUCUGUCAUCAUCUCCCGUCUGAUCUGCACCUAUGUGAGGCUGAAAUGACCUCAGCUGCUGGAUGCAGAUUGAACAAUGUAGCCAAUGGAUGGAUGGCUGGUGUAUGUGUGUGUGUGUACGUGUGUAGAUGAGGAUGAUAUAUCUCGGCGCUAGGACCGUGGCUCUGUCGGUGCGCAAAUCCCAGCAGAGAGGCAGCGCUCCGGUUGUUCGCGGAGAAGAUAGACGCUGAUCUGUCUGCAGCUGCCUGCGACUCAACGCAUCCACCGGCGGGGAGGCUGCAGCACCUUCUGCCGCAGACGCACCUGAACCAGCCGGGCUCGCCUUCCAGAGCCCUCCGUAUGGGCUCACCAUGCGCAGGAUACGGGCCAACGCCAUCGCGAUUCUGACCGUUGCGUGGAUCCUGGGGACGUUUUAUUACCUGUGGCAGGACAACAAGCCACAGUCGUCGUCGCCGUCGUCGCAGACCCGUGGCAGGGGGGGCCAUGGGCAGAAGGUGGUCUCCGGUCGGCUGGAGAUCCACCGGGACGACAGGACCAUCCCGCUGAUAGUGACCCAGCCCCCGCGGCCCGAGCAGCAGGGCCAGCUGCUGGGCGGCUUCGAUGAGAAGGCUUACCUGGCGGGGAAGCAGCUGAAGCCGGGGGACGACCCCUACAGAGAACACGCGUUCAACCUGCAGGAGAGUGACCGGCUGGGCAGCGAGCGAGCCAUCAGGGACACCCGACACUACAGGUGCGCCUCUCUGAAUUAUGACACAGACCUUCCCUCCACGAGCAUCAUCAUCACGUUCCACAAUGAGGCUCGCUCUACUCUCCUUCGCACCAUCAAAAGCGUCCUGAUGCGAAGUCCUCCAUCGCUGAUCCAAGAAAUAAUCUUGAUCGAUGACUUCAGCUCUGACCCUGAGGACUGCCAGCUGCUCUCUCAGAUCCCCAAAGUGCGCUGCCUGAGAAACGGCAGGAGAGAGGGUCUGAUCCGAUCACGUGUGCGUGGAGCCAACACGGCCUCGGCCUCCAUCUUGACCUUCUUGGACAGCCACUGCGAGGUCAACGCUGAUUGGCUGCAGCCGAUGAUCCAGAGAGUCAAGGAGGACCAUACGCGAGUGGUCAGCCCCAUCAUUGAUGUCAUCAGCCUGGAUAACUUUGCCUAUUUGGCUGCUUCUGCUGACUUGAGAGGAGGAUUUGACUGGAGUCUCCACUUCAAAUGGGAGCAGAUUCCAAUCGAGCAGAAAAUGGCGAGGAGCGACCCGACACAGGCAAUCAGGACUCCGGUCAUCGCUGGUGGGAUCUUCGUCAUGGACAAGAGCUGGUUCAACCACCUGGGCCAGUAUGACACCCACAUGGACAUCUGGGGAGGGGAGAACUUUGAGCUUUCUUUCCGGGUGUGGAUGUGCGGAGGAAGCCUGGAGAUUCUUCCUUGCAGCCGCGUGGGUCACGUGUUCAGGAAACGGCACCCUUACGACUUCCCAGAAGGCAAUGCUCUCACCUACAUUAAGAACACCCGGCGUGCUGCCGAGGUGUGGAUGGACGAGUAUAAACAGUACUACUACUCUGCGAGGCCGUCAGCCCAGGGCAAGGCCUUUGGCAGCAUUGCAGACCGUCUGACUCUGCGGCGGAAGUUGAACUGCAAACCUUUCCGCUGGUACAUGGAGAACGUCUAUCCUGAGCUGAGGGUCCCCGAGCAGGAAGCGGUGUCCAGUGUGCUGAGACAAGGCGGUUUGUGUCUGGAGGCCCGUGGGACAGACACCCUCGGCCUGGCAGAGUGCCGGGGCAUCGGAGGCAUCAGGCCGCAGUCGCAGAGAUGGGAACUAAUAGAGCCACUGAUCCGACAGCAGGACUUCUGCCUGGCCAUUUCAGCCUUCACAGCAGGGUCAAAAGUCAAGCUGGAGACCUGCAAUAAUAAAGAGCCCAGACAGAAGUGGAAGCCUAAAGGAACCGCUCUGCAGCACAUGGUCAGUGGCCUCUGUCUGGACAGCCAGACCCCGACGGGCCCUCUGGUCAUCACGCAGUGUCACCCCCAGAUGGCCAGCCAGACCUGGGAGCCACAAAUAAUCACCUGAGCCACGGCGGUCGGGGUGUGGGUCGGGGUGUGGGUCAGGGUGUGGGGGGGUGGGGGAGAGGGAGCAGGUUCUGGACCCGGCCUUGCAGAGGGACUCAUGGGGAUCACAUCUGCACACUGUGUGCUCGCCUCGCUGGGGCGAUGAACGGAGUGUAGUGACUGUACAUUUGUGAUGUCGACGUCAAGCUCCUGCUCACCGGUGACAAGAGUGUCGCUGAAAACAUUCGAAAGGCCUUGUCGAGCAAAACAUCUGAGGUCUGUUUGUGUACAGUGCUCCAUCCUUCAAGGAUGCUGCAGUUCUUCUAUGUAAUCUAAGCUUUUCACUGAAAACUGUUGCACAUCUCACGUUUUCAUUUCCGUAUAUAUCCUGGUCAGCAGUUUGCUUAUAUUUGGAGUAGUGAGGCUUGCCUCAACACAGAUGAGUGCAUCCUUCUGAUGCCUGUGUGGACCAGGGCAGCUUUAUGUAUAGCCAAGUAAGUCUGAGAGCUUUUUUUAUUAUUAUUUCAGAGCGCACCAUGCAAAGCACUGUCAGGAACAUUAUUUAUUGUUUUGCAUGGUCAGACCCAAAGAAUGUUUUUCUUUUUCUGUCUCUCUACAAAGUUUUAUGUAAAUAUUUGAAGCAGGUAAUGGUUUGGUUUUUUUGUGUCAAGUACUCUAUAUGUUGUUUGAAAAAUAAAAUGUGGUAACAAAAAAAUUAUUGCUCUAAUUAUUUGCAAGAUAAGUUGGAAAAGACACUUGUUUACAGUCAGAAUGUCCUGUAAUUCUAAUUCACUACAAAUAUGAUUGACAGCAAAAUAUUUAAAAGUUCAUCCACUCAGACAUGUAUUCAACAAAUAUUUGAAAUAUGUAAUAAAGACAAUUUUGAGUA